UCCAGGGGACUUGUUAUGUCGUUUGAUCUGGCCGAUAAAUUGUUUAGUUUCUCAACCGAAAUAUUCCAAAUGGCAAACUCCGCGGAACUCCAAAAAAGCAGGUCCUGUUUAACCAGCAUAAAUAAGAUGACAGCAAUAGGCAGACAGUUCAGUAUAAAUAAUAACGAAACCGGCACCUAUCCAGCCUCCGUGAAAGAGAUCUCCGCGAUGCUAGUCCAUGCGCAAAUGGAGUGUCGGGCCGAUGAAGAUAACAACACCACGAGGUUGAACAACGUAAAUAGUUCAAGGGAAAAUCUCAACAAUAAUGGGCCCGAUUUCAAUUUGAAUAGAACGGAGAAAAAACGGAUAAGUCCGCACCAGUGCGGAAGUUUCUUUGCGAAGUGCGGAUGCGGACAUGAGGACAGAAUCAACGUUAAUAUCGGUACGGCUGGAACCCAACCGUUACGUUCCAAUUCCAUACCGGUACCAAAAGACGUUUUUUAUGAUAAAAGAUUAUCCACACCAGAAAUAGAUCUCUCAGAAAUCACAACCAAACACCCACACGUGUGUCUCAAACCAAAAACCCCAGGCACCCCUAGCCCUUCUACUAUAAUCAAAGCAAAUGUUUUUUUAAACCAUCCAGAAAUUAACUUUCCAAUACCAGUGGAGGUGUCCAAAGAAGACUAUCAAAACAACAGUUUCCCAUCACAUCUCUACCCUGAAAUAAAAAAUAAACUGGACUAUCAUAAAGCAACUGCUCUAGCAUACGAGUGUCAAAAAGAAAGCGGAAUCAAGAAAGAUAGCGCAGAUCGACUGCGUCAAAAACCGGAAAGAAACCGUGAGGAGGAGGCACAGAAGUUUUUCAAGGAGUUCGGACUAUUUGGUCCUAUGGGAAACGGAAUAGCGACGAAUUUUAAACGGGGUUCGAGAACGUCGAUGGAGGAGUUAAAUGUGAUUAGAAAAAAUUCGAAAACGUUGGAUUUCAGACCGUUUAGGAAGAUGUCAAAUGCUACGAUGGAAGAUUAUGAACAUUUAAAGGCUAUUGUAGAACGACUAAAACUCGAUAUUUCCGAUCUAGAGAUGAGAUAUAGUGCAUCUCAAGCUGAUCUAUAUGAAACAAGAAACUUGCUGUCCUGUAAAGAUAAUGAAGUGUUGAAGCUCCAAAGGGAAGUACACAAAUUAAAGAGUGUUCUGCAUCAAACCGCAAAUUGCCAACAAUCCCGUGAUGACAUUUUGACUAGCAUACAAGAACAACACGCGAUGGCGAACAGAAUGCCACAAAACUCAAAUUCACACACUGACGUCAGCCACCAUAAGAAACAAGGAGUUUCCGCAGAAUCCAGUGAAACUUUUGUGCAAACUGGCGACAUUAAGAUAACAAAGUAUGAAAAGGAUUUUAGGUCAAAACAAUUAAUAAAGGAUGCCAUAAUGGAUAACGCCUUCUUGAAAAACCUGGAUACCCACCAAAUAAGAGAAAUUGUGGACGCAAUGGAACCGAAAUCUUAUUCAGCCGGUUCGUACAUUUUGAGACAGGGACAUGCGGGGGUGCAUUUGUUCGUUUCCGCCGAGGGUGAUCUCGAAGUGCUUCAGGAUGAUAAGAUUCUUGGUCAUAUGGGACCUGGAAAGGCCUUUGGAGAGCUGGCGAUUUUGUAUAAUUGUACCAGGACGGCAUCAAUUAGAGCUGUAACCGAAUCAAAAGUAUGGCGCCUAGACAGAAAAAUGUUUCAGCAAAUCAUGAAACGCACCGGUCUACAAAGGCUUCAAGAUAACCUGAAUUUCCUAAAAUCAGUGCCAUUAUUAGCAAACUUAUCAGAUGACGUGCUUACCAAAAUUGCUGACGUACUAGAAGUGGAAUUCUUCCCUGCUGGGGCAUAUAUAAUAAGACAAGGAGCAAGUGGCGAUACGUUCUUCAUUAUAAGCAGUGGCAGCGUGAAAGUAACGCAAAGAUUACCAGAUGAGUUAGAAGAAGAAGAAAUCAGAACUCUAGGCCGGGGAGACUAUUUCGGUGAGCAGGCACUGCUCAAAGAAGACUGUAGAACAGCUUCUGUAAUCGCUCUACACCCCGGAGUAGAAUGCCUUACUUUAGACAGAGACAGCUUCAAUCAACUCUUGGGAAGCCUCAGUGAAAUAAAAGAAAAAGACUAUGGGGAUGAAGAGAGGAUGAAUAGGCCAGUUUUAACCGAACAACAAGAAUUCGACUAUAUUCGUCUAGACGACUUAGAAGUGGUAGCAACGCUAGGUAUAGGUGGUUUCGGACGUGUAGAAUUAGUCCAAUAUACCAAAGACCCUUCCCUUACUUUUGCCCUAAAAUGCUUAAAGAAGCAGCACAUUGUAGAUACCCAGCAACAAGAUCAUAUCUAUAGCGAAAGGAACAUCAUGUUAAGUUGUAGAAGCUCUUUUAUAUGCAGACUCUACAGGACUUACAGAGAUUCUAAAUACGUAUACAUGCUGCUGGAAGCAUGCUUGGGGGGCGAAGUAUGGACAAUCUUAAGGGAUCGGGGAUGCUUCGAUGAUCACACUUGUAGAUUUAUCACGGCAUGCGUUAUUGAAGCAUUUGAGUAUUUACAUUCUAGAGGGAUUAUUUAUAGAGAUCUUAAGCCUGAAAAUUUGUUGUUGGAUAGCAAAGGUUAUGUGAAGCUGGUAGACUUCGGUUUCUCAAAAAGAAUGGGUUGCAGCAGUAAAACCUGGACCUUCUGUGGCACUCCCGAAUAUGUGGCCCCCGAAACAAUUUUAAAUAAGGGACACGAUAGGGCGGUCGAUUAUUGGGCUUUGGGUAUUUUAAUGUAUGAACUUCUCACUGGAAAUCCACCUUUUACCGCUUCAGACCCAAUGAAAACUUACAAUUUGAUCCUGAAGGGAAUAGACAUGAUAGAUUUCGCAAAACAUAAUGUCGGCAGAUCGGCUCAGAGCCUUAUAAAGAAAUUAUGCAGGGAUUUACCGGCGGAGCGUCUUGGUUAUCAAAGGGGUGGCAUUACCGAUAUUAAAAAGCAUAAAUGGUUCCAAGGCUUCGAUUGGGAUGGUUUGAUAGACCGUACUUUACCAUCACCAAUCCAGCAGCCGGUUCGUGGACCAUGUGACACCACGAACUUCGAUUGUUUCGCUAAGGACAAUGACAUUCCACCUGACGAAAUGUCAAAUUGGGAUGCGAAUUUCUGACAGCGGCUUACCGAUAAUAAAUGUAGUAAAUAAGUAAUUUAGGUGCUCACGAAGUGGUUUCCAAUGUAUUUAUUGCGAAUUAUUGUUCUCUGUGAUAUGUGAUUAAAUAUGAAAAAUGAUUAUUGGAGAUGUAUUAAAUAUCUACGCCUAAGUGAAAUUUGUGGUUUUAUACAGGAAUAAUGUUGAUUAUUUAAGUUAUAUUAUGCGACUUUGUAUGGACAAUAAGUUUAAUAUAUGAUAUGUUGAUGA